GUGGUGGUCAUGGGCACUCAAGUCCUCCUUUCCUACCUGAUGGAGGCCAAUUUGGACAAGCAAUCAAUGUGUAUCGCUGCUCCCACCGAUCCAUUCUUCUCUCUGUUUCUCAAGACAUACAAGAGGGCCGCUGAUGGAUCUUGCCAGUUCUGCAGUUGCGAGCGAUCUAGCGAGCCGAUUCAUCUCCUUCCUCAUCCACAGAUUCUCGACGGGCUCAUGUCCAGAGGAAAAGGUGGAGAAGCUGCAGCAUCUCUUGCAACGAGUUGAGACUGUUGUCGAGGAGGCCGAUGGGCGAUAUAUCACCAACUCAGGUAUGUUGUCACAGCUGAGGAUGCUUGAGGACGCCAUGUACCGAGGCUAUCACGCUCUUCACAACUUCAAUUAUGGGGGCUUCGAGGGUCCUGGCAAAGUGGGUAGGAAAGGCUCUUUGUCGUCCUUGUAUUUUGCCACUCCUCUUAAACGUUUUCACAGAAGUGGCUCUGGUGAUGCAAUUCCCUGCAGCGGUCAGGAGCUGCAGUCUGCUCUUGCCAGUCUUGAAGCUGCUGUUGCAAACAUGACGGAGUUUGUUAUACUUUUAGGGGGAUGUGAGCGCAUGUCUCGCAGGCCAUAUGACACUUACCUCUACAUGGAAAACUUCAUGUUUGGUCGGCAUGCUGAGAAGCAGCAGGCCAUCAACAUCUUGCUUCAACCCAGCCCUCUGAAUAAUAGUGCUCCAACCGUGCUUCCAAUUGUCGGUGGCCAUUUGGUCGGGAAGAAAACUUUGGUUGCGCAUGUCUGCGGUGACGAGAGGGUUCGCGCCCACUUCUCUAACAUUUUGCACCUUAACAGUGAUAAUCUUCAGAUAGUCGACCACGAAAGGUACAUUUCUGAAAGGGCCCUGGUUAUUGUUGAGCUUACUGCAGAUAUAAGAGAUGAGGACUGGAUGAAGUUCUACUCGGUGGUGUCACGUAUGGGCCAAGGAAGCAAGGUGAUACUCAUAACCAGGCUUGAAAACCUUUCAAGAUUUGGGACGGUGAAGCCAGUUUGUUUGAAUAGUCUGUCAUACGAGGAGUACAGCUACCUUUUCAAGGUUCUAUCGUUCGGGAGCACAAACAUGGAUGACCACCCACGCUUGGCAUCCAUGGUGCAAGAGUUCCCACUGCUAUUGAGAGGUUCUCUCAUCUCGGUGUACGCAUUUGCCGACAUGCUGAAGAAGAACAUGAGUGCUCAAUUCUGGGCCUCUGUUCUGGACAGGUUCAGGGCUGUGGUAGACAGUAAUCUCUGCAUAUUUGGCGAACACCCAAAGCUACUCCUUGAGAGAGAUCGACCAACGGACAUAGCAAGGUUUAUCUCUCCUUCCACUCCUUCACUGCGCCUUAUGCCUCCUCGCAGCAAAGCAGACACCCAAGAAAGGCCACUACCGAUGUUGACCUUUGCAGAGCUGAUGGUGGAUCCUAGAAUUCUUCCAAAAGGUGAUUUUGACCUGGUGACAUGGAAAUCAAAGAUAGCGCCAUACGGUGAGUAUGUGCACUUUGUCCUGGCUGAUCAUGCUGAGCAGCAACCUGAAGGAUUGCCAACACGGAGGAAGCGUCCAGCAGUAUUUCUGUAGUCUGCUUGCACCUAAAUGAUGUGCAUGGUUGUACUACUACCAUCGCUCUGUAGGUUAUGUUCCUCCCUGCCGCAAUAGUCCAAACAGCUGCUGGAGUUUAUAUUAUGUGGCUAGCAAUUAGUCUUCUAGAAGUGUUCAGGAUUUCUCGUCAACCUGUUGAUCAGAACGUGGCAGCAACUUCUUUACCAAGCUAUUCAACAUUGACGGAGUCUAGAAAACACGACUAUGACCGCUGAUGUAUAUCAUCAUUUAUAAAACUUAAUAAAACAUUUUCAUCUGUCCAA